GUCCUGUGGUCAGAUUGGGAUCUGGCCUUGGUCAAGGAAAGCUUCAGGAAGUUUGCGUCCAAGGGCUCCAGCACAAUGCCAGUGGUGAACUUGUUUCAGGCUAUUCAUGUCCUUGGCUUUGAAGAGCUGGAGGUCGACUCUCCUGACAGGCAAAGGUGGCUUGCCGGGAUCACAAAGGAGGUCUUGGCGAGGAAGGCCAGCCGGGCGUCCAUGUCUGUGGAGACCUCACGCCGCGAGUCAUGGGUCCCAGCGACCGCAGCCAAUCGACACGGGGUGGGGGCUGGAGCACAGCUCAGUUUUCGCGACUUUCUCCGUAUUUCCAGCCGUGCUCUGCGCGAGCGCGAGCGGGAGACUCGUGUCGACGAAUUCCGUGCUGAGACCAAGGCCAUCAAGACGGGAAAUUACGGCCUGCUGGAGCUGGAG